ACACAGGUGUCAAGACUGUCACCCAUCUGUCACUGUCAUUCGUUAACAUCGUUGUCCAUGAAAAAGAAAAAGAACUUGACUACCCACCUCUUGCUGGUUGAAAAUUCAUUUUGAGAGUAUCGUGUUCUGAACGUCUGCCAACAACAGAGACAAAAUGUCGGAUCCGGUAGCACGUCCCAUGAAAUUUCCGUACACCUUCUCCGCGAAGAUUGCCCAGUUCCCGAUUCAGCAUUACUUCAAGAAUCAAUGGAUCUGGCGUUAUUACUUCAUCGCGUUCGGCGUUUCCAUUCCGCUGUUCUACAAAAUCCACAAGCUAGCUAACUCGCCGGCGAACCAAGCAAAAUGGGCCGAAUCGAAGAGGAAGGAGCAUGAGGAGCACCAUUAAGCCACCAAGGUUGAUCAACAUUCAGCCUUCUAACAACUAGGUCAAAAGUAUAUCGGCAUCCGCCUAGUAAGAGGUCCUUUCUACAAUCAACAUGCUUGGAACGCUGGUUCCUGGAACCUGGCCUGUUGUGUUGCGUAUUCGUGACGGUGCAUCUGUACGUUAGUGUGUACGCGCGCGUUUCGAAAUUCCAACAGAACCAUCCUUCAUAGAUUGGACAGUAAUAAAUUCUUGCUAAACUAA